AUGGAUACACAGCCGGAAAAAGCGACAGUUAGAGCAGAAGAUCAAGAGGGAAAUAACAAUGAUAUACAACAGAAGCACAAUUUCUCUGCUUUUGCGUCCCUAGGCCUGUUGGAUCGUUUCCUCGCCGUCUGGAUUUUUCUAGCCAUGGCUGUUGGCAUUAUCCUUGGCAACUUUGUUCCAUCAAUGUCACCAGCUUUGGAAAAAGGAACAUUUGUUGGUGUAUCAAUUCCGAUAGCUAUUGGGCUGUUGGUAAUGAUGUACCCAAUUCUAUGCAAGGUCCAGUACGAGUCUUUGCACAAGAUCUUUUCUAAGAAAGAUUUAUGGAAGCAAAUAGGCUUCAGUGUUUUCAUCAAUUGGAUCAUAGCACCAUUUUUGAUGCUCGCGCUUUCUUGGGCAUUUCUUCCUGAUAAAAGCGCACUUCGUAGCGGUUUAAUUCUCGUAGGAUUAGGAAGAUGUAUUGCCAUGGUCUUGAUUUGGAAUGCCCUCGCUGGCGGCAACAAUGACUAUUGCGCCAUCCUAGUUGCGGUCAAUUCUAUUCUUCAGAUGGUUCUCUUCGCACCACUUGCUAUCUUCUUCAUUCGUGUCAUCAGCCACGAAGAUGUUGGCUCCAUAUCUUAUUCUGUCGUGGCAACCAGUGUGGCUGCUUUUCUAGGCAUCCCCCUUGGCGCAGCUGUAAUCACAAGAUUCACGCUCAGGUUUCUUGCAGGUCCGGCAUGGUAUGACCGUGUCUUUAUUCGCUUUGCCUCUCCCUGGUCGCUCAUUGGACUUUUAUACACUAUUUUGGUCCUUUUUGCUGCUCAAGGCCACCAGGUAGUGCAUCAAGUUGUCUCCGUCAUUCGCGUUGCGGCUCCGCUCAUUGUAUAUUUCACCAUUGUAUUCUUUACCACUGUAAGCAUUUGCCGGAUGCUGGGUUUCGAAUAUCAGUUCCUUGUUACGCAGAGCUUUACAGCAGCGAGCAACAACUUCGAGUUGGCUAUUGCAGUGGCGGUAGCGACGUUUGGUCCGAAUAGUGAUCAGGCAUUAGCAUCCACUGUAGGGCCUCUGAUCGAAGUACCGGUAUUGCUGGGCUUGGUAUAUGCUCUUCGAUGGAUUGCUGCUAGAUGGGGCUGGAAAUAA